ACUCAAAAGGAGUGCCUCCAAAAGGAAACGCGCAACAGGAGACCGGGAGAGCGAGCGACCAAUCGGACUACCGGCCGGAGGGUCGGAGGGAGCUAGCAUGAGAGCGUCCAUUCCAACCCACCACCACCAUCGCUGUUCAUUCAUCCGUUACGCACACAAGUAGUAUAAAACAAAACCCUGUGCUCACCAGUCCUUCCCUCCCUCCCUGCCUGCUGUCCGAUCCCGUUCCAUUGCUCACCCUCCAUUGGUGUGGUGUCUGUCUUUUCGUGCAAUCAAAGGCGAUCCGCAAACAAACACACGGCCAGAGAUCAAGCAGCCAGCUAGCGCAGCGCGAGUGGUUCCAAUGCAGGGAGACCCGGGGUACGGUGGCUACGGCUACGGGUACGGCUAUGACGUCGCCGGCAACGGCGGCGGAGGCGGGUACUACCCUGCGAACGACCGGUACCCUGCCGCUGCCUAUGAGGACCCGCUCGCGGGUCGGAGGCAGCCGCUGCUCACGGGGCUGGAGUUCGAACCGUCGGACACCUGCCCCAGGAACUACGUCAUCUUCGACCAGACGUACGACCGGAGCCGGGUGAUGUACCACCCCUCUCUGCCCGCCGACAACUUCGACCACCAGGGUUACUACUCCGGUGAGAGCGCCUACCACGGCGGCGGCGGCAGCGGUGGCUCGGUCCGGCAGAAGGAGGACACCGACGAGAUCGACGCGCUGAUGAGCACGGAGGACGGCGGCGGCGACGACGACGAGGACGACGUGCUCAGCACGGGCCGCACGCCGGGGUGCCGCGCCGCUGGCUCCCCGGACUCCACGUGCUCGUCCGGCGGCGGCCGGAAGCACGAGGCGCCGGCCGGCGGCGAGAAGAAGAAGGAACGGGUGAAGAAGAUGGUGCGGACGCUCAAGGGGAUCAUCCCCGGUGGCGACCGGAUGGACACGCCCGCGGCCGUCCUCGACGAGGCCGUCAGGUACCUCAAGUCGCUCAAGGUGGAGGUCAACAAGGCCGAUGCGCGUGGGUCCGGCAGCUAGCUAGCUAGCCGGCUUCCAACUGCUAGUCUGGCUUUGCCGAUCAAAACAGGAGUAUCUAUCUCUCUGCGCAUCGGCAGAGAAGAUGGGACACGUACGCGAACAAAGAAGAUGGUCAACGGUGCUGGAGAGACAGAGGCAGUAAUGGAUUGGAAUCUAAGUGCAAAAAUAGAGAGAGUUCUAUCACUCCCUCCGUUCAUGUUUACACAGGCCUACGCCAAUUUUUGAUUUGGCCGAGUAGAUAUCAAGGGCCAAUUAA